GCUAUCAUGUACGACUACCAUUUUUAAUACGUUGCUUCAAAAACCAAUAAAAUCAUACGUUUAAUCUCGUGUAUGUAUACUCAUCAGAGCACUAAAUUAUUUACUUUGUGACAUCACCAGAAGAGGAAAGGGAGAGAAAGACAGACAGCGAUAGAACUGCUGUACGUCUGUUAGUCCUUUACAUCUUUCUCUCUCUGAAAAAAAAAAGGAAUUGUUUCACUUUCACUUUCACAUUCACCCAGUUGCUGCUCAUGUAGAAGAUUCUUGGACCUCUGGGUGUGGCCGCCAUGGAUGCUCCAAGAACCUCCUCUACAACACUUUAUCCAUGCAGCUUUGUGUGAGUAUGGGAUCCUUAGGGUUUGAAAAUGAUAUCCCGGGCCCAAAAACAUACCGCAACCUCGGACUCAAAGAAACAUACAAGCAAAAUCCGGGAAAUCCAAAAGUUCUAUCCCUCCUUUCUUCACUUCUUGAAAGAUCUAUAAUAAAGAACGAGGCCCUUCUCGAGGCAACACAAACCAAAGAUGUUGUUACAGCUUUUCAUGGUUCAAGAGCCCCUACACUUAGCAUCAAAGAGUACAUUGAUCGCAUCUUUAAAUACUCAAGCUGCAGCCCUUCAUGUUUCGUUGUUGCACAGGUGUAUAUAGAUCGGUUUAUUCAUUGUGGAAAUGUUAAUUUGACGUCUCUUAGUGUUCAUCGCCUUCUUAUCACCAGUGUCAUGCUUGCUGCAAAGUUCAUUGAUGAUGCAUUCUACAACAAUGCGUAUUAUGCUAAAGUGGGAGGAGUGACAACAGCAGAAUUGAACAGAUUGGAAAUGAAAUUCCUAUUUGGUCUCGACUUUCGGCUCCAUGUUAGCGUCGGUACGUUUGGGAAAUAUUGUUCUGAAUUGGAAAAGGAAAAGGAAGUGCUUCAGGUGGAAAGACUGCCACGUGUGAUCCAUGCUGCUUGUGGGCUCAAGGAGAACUGGUCCACCACUGAUAAUGACUCUGGUUCUUAUGCAACAGCUGAAAUACAUAUCGUAUAGGUAGAGAGUUUAGGCUUAGAAAUGUUUUUUUUUGUGUGUUGGUUGUAUUAAAACUGGGGUAGAAGUUAGGGAAUAAAUUUUUUGGGAUUCCUAUGCACAUAUUGAAGUGCAAGUUUGGUGUUAUUGUAUUAGAGUGAUGUUAUGUGUGAGUGAAAUACAUACGAGUGGAAAGCCUUGUUUAAUUUUUUUUAACUAUUAUUCAAUUUCA